CUGUUCGCCAAGAUGGGCGAAGACGACGCAAGUGAGAACGUAGUAGCCGCGUGGAAAGCCGCUGGCAGUCCACACAUUGACGGGUGCUGGUCUCCUCACGAGAGCACACAGCCCAUUGUAGGCGGCGUAUGUGAUGCCCUGAAGUUGCCCGGUAAUCUCCAUGCUUCGUAUGUAAUGGCCAGGGAUAAGUAUGCUACGCGUAAGGCUCUGGAACGGGCUGGUCUUAAUACCCCUGCCUCUGCGAGUAUCUUUACCAUUGCGGACUGCACCAAUGCGUCUGAGGUGGUUGGCUUCCCCAUGAUCAUUAAACCCACUUCCGGAGGUGGCUCACAGGUUUGUGUUGCGUUGUCGAUUGCUUGCACCAAUUUAUUCAUCUGA